AUGCGCUCGCUGCGGUUCCUUCGCUGCCGCAAGUGUUCCCCGCGGGUGCUGCUGCUGCUGCUGCUGGUGGUCGCCUUCAUCGUCUACUGCUACUACUACACCCUCUCACCCAUACAUCCCAAACCAAGUCCAGUCAUCGUUGAACCGGAGCCGGAGCUGAAGUCGCGAGGAGUGCGGGACCAACGAUAUCUGGAUAAUGGCGAGCAGUGUACCGUGAUCCGGGAGAACCCUGUCGACAUCGACACCACCGUCAUCUUCCCCGCCUUUGACUUCCAGCCGAGUUGGUUGCGAAGUAAGGAGUUCUGGGACAAGUCCUUUGAAGAUCGCUACGAGAAAAUGAAGAACGACUCCCGCCGUCCGAGACUCAAGGUGAUCGUGGUGCCCCACUCCCACAACGACCCCGGCUGGCUGAAGACCUUCGAGCAGUACUUCGAGUGGAAGACGAAGAACAUCAUCAACAACAUGGUGACCAAGCUGCACCAGCUGCCCAACAUGACCUUCAUCUGGAGCGAGAUAUCCUUCCUUAACGAGUGGUGGGAGCGCGCGCACCCCGUCAAACAGAAGGCGCUGAAGAAGUUAGUGAAGGAAGGUCGUCUGGAGAUAACGACCGGCGGCUGGGUGAUGCCGGACGAGGCCUGCACACAUAUAUACGCGCUCGUGGAUCAGUUCAUUGAAGGACACCAGUGGGUGAAGACGAACCUGGGGACGGUGCCGCGGAUAGGAUGGUCCAUCGACCCCUUCGGUCACGGACCCACCGUGCCUCACCUGCUGGAGCUGAGCGGGCUGGAGGGAGCCAUCAUACAACGGAUACACUACGCGUGGAAACAGUGGCUGGCGAGGAAACAGAUCGAGGAGUUCCACUGGGCACCGGGCUGGAGCUCGAGGAAACCCUCGCUGAUAGUACACAACCAACCGUUCGACAUCUACUCCAUCAAGAGCACGUGCGGGCCGCACCCCGCCGUCUGUCUCGGGUACGACUUCCGGAAGAUCCCCGGCGAGUACUCGGAGUACACGGCCAAGUACGAGGAGAUCACCGACCAGAACGUGCAGAGUCGAGCGAGGACUCUGUUGGAGGAGUACGAGCGGGUCGGCUCACUGACGCCGCACAACGUGGCGCUCGUGCCGCUGGGGGACGACUUCAGGUACGAGCACGCCUCCGAGUUCGACGCGCAGUACAACAACUACAUGAAGAUGUUCAACUACAUCAACGAGCGGAGGGACGUGUUCAACGCUGACAUCUCCUUCGGAACACCCCUCGACUACUUCAACGCCAUGAAGGAGAGGCACGACAACAUCCCCGUGCUCAAAGGAGACUUCUUCGUCUACUCCGAUAUAUUCAGCGAAGGCAAGCCCGCCUACUGGUCCGGCUACUUCACGACGCGGCCCUACAUCAAAAUAUUGGCGCGACAGUUCGAGCAUCACUUACGGACGGCGGAGAUUCUGUUCACUCUCGUCUCGAACUACGUGUCGCAAUCCAAAAACAAGAAACUGAUCGCCUCCGAGAAGCGGUUGGAGAAGCAUUACGAGCAGCUGGUGACCGCGCGCAGGAACCUCGGCCUGUUCCAACACCACGACGCUAUCACCGGCACCUCCAAGUCCACGGUGAUGACGGACUACGGGACCAAGCUGCUCACCAGCCUCUACCACUGUAUACGGCUACAGGAGACCGCACUCACCACACUCAUGGUGGCCGACGAGACCCUUCACUCACAGAGCGUGCUGCAGAGUCAGAUGGAGUGGGAGUCGUACGGCAAGCAGCCGCGGCAGUUACAAGUGUCGCACGUGGAUAAGAAUCAAGUGAUUCUGUUCAACCCGCUGACUGAAGAGAGAACCGACGUCAUCUCGCUCAGGUCCAACACCACCAACGUCCGAGUGUACGACACGCGCAGGAAGGAAUACGUGCAGUAUCAGAUCAUGCCGAACAUAGAGAUCCGUGAGAACAAAAAGUUCGUCAUCAGCGACAUGAACUUUGACAUCCUGUUCGUGGCGACGCUCCCGCCGCUGACGGCCGUCACGUUCCGGCUGGAGGACCACAGCAACAUCUCCCAGCACGCGGUGGUGUUCUGUAACAGCUGCGACCACCGCGCCACCUCGCAGCGACCCUCCAACUUCGCCUACAAGAAGAUGAUGCCCGGAGACAUACAGCUCGAGAACUCCGUACUGAAGCUGCUCAUCGACCGGAACACCGGCCUCCUCAGACAACUGUACAGGAAAGACAUACGCAAGAGAAACGUGGUCGAGAUACAGUUCGGGGCCUAUCAGAGUGCUCAGCGACAUUCAGGAGCCUACCUGUUCAUGCCCGACUAUGAUUCUCCUGAGAAGAAUGUUUUGAACUCUUACACGAACGGCGACAGCCUGCAGGACGACAACAUAGUUAUCAUCUCGGGGCCGGUGUCCACUGAAAUAACAACUUUUUACUUGCCCUUCCUAGUUCACACUCUGAAGAUUUACAACGUAGACGACCCCGCCCUGCUGCGAGCUGUACAGAUCGAGAACAUCGUGGAUUUCGAAAACCCGCCCAAGAACAGGGAGACGGAGCUGUUCAUGAGGUUCCAGACCAACAUACAGAACGGAGAAGUACCGGAAUUCUACACGGACCAGAACGGGUUCCAGUACCAGAAGAGGGUCAAGGUGGACAAGUUGGGCAUCGAGGGGAACUACUACCCCAUCACGACUAUGGCCUGGCUGCAGGACGAGGAGAGUCGACUGACGGUGGUGACGGACCACGCGCAGGGAGCCUCCGGAUACGAGCCCGGCCGGCUGGAGCUGAUGAUGGACCGGCGGACCUUGUACGACGACCACCGGGGGAUAGGGGAGGGGGUCGUGGAUAACAAGCGCACCGUGUUCAGGAACUGGCUGCUGGUGGAGCCCACCGCCGCUAACAGAGAGACGAGCGACCGGACCAACACCCCGCGCCACAAGAGAGACGCUCACGUGUCCGGCGUGCUCAGCGAGAGACACUUCCGGCCGGGGCAGGCGGCCAACGAGUACGAGCUGCCGUCACAGGCCGCCGGGAGACUCAGCAGACACCUCAACUACCCCGUCAACGUGUACCUGGUGGACUCGAGCGAGCUGGAGGCCGGGGACGUGGUGACCCGACACGAGCACGUGUUCGUGCAGGACUUCCCUCCGGACGUCCACCUCCUCACCCUGCGCACCGUGUCCGACCCCGCCCUCGACACCCUGCCGACCGACUCCGCCCUCCUGGUGCUGCACCGCCCCGCCCACAGCUGCUCGGUGGGUGAGCGCUCCCCCCACCCCUCCCCCUCCCCGCCGACCAGCGGCCGCUUCACCCGCGCCACCCGCUUCCCCCCCCUGCGCGUGUCCAACGUGACGUCGGUGAGCCUGACGGGUGUGGUGGAGCACCGCGUUCUCACCGGCCUUCAGGACCUGCACCUCGACCCGCUCGACAUCAAGACAUAUAAGAUACGCUUCUAA